AUGGCGGAUCUUGAGCACGGUGAAUCCGACUAUGUUUCGCCCCAGGAUAAGUUUGAGCCUAAAUCAACCGCGUGGUACGCAACCACGCCGGUAAUUAAAUGGUUGUACAAAUACACCAUGUACGGCUGCACCAAUAAGCCCGUCAUGAAUGAAGUUCAACUGCCACCGGAUGAGGAUCACGACGAGGAAGGUGGGGAGAAAUCGAUAAUUUCCCCAUCAGACAAAGAAGAGGAGUCGGAGAUAGAGACAGAAGUUGCACCAUUGGAUGAAAUCGAGGUUCAGGGAGAGGGCUUCUCCACGUCCUUCGGUAUCUUCUUCUCCUGCGUUGGCUCCGUCAUCGGCUCUGGCAACAUCUGGCGUUUCCCGCGUAUUGUGGCCCAAAACAGCUACAGCGAGGGCUCAGCUGCAUUCCUAUUGGUUUGGAUGAUUUCACUUUUCCUAUGGUCCAUUCCCAUCAUCAUCAUCGAGUUCACCAUCGGUCGGUUUACGAAAACAGGUCCACUCCUCACCUUCGGAAAAUUCCUCGGUACCAAACUUCUUGGUUUGGGCACGUGGACAAUUAUGAUUUGCUACUUGAUCAGUACCUACUACAAUGUAAUCGUUGGUUGGUGCUUCUACUACGUGUACUACGUCUGCGCUGCCGCAGAACUGCCCUCCAACGAGACGCUAAGCAUCGAGAUCUUCGACACCUUCACACAGAAGACCAGCUACCCUGUGCUCUGCCACUUCCUUUCACUCUUCCUCGCCUCCGUCUGUGUCGUUGGUGGUCUCUCGUGGAUUGAAUGGGUUAAUUCCACGCUGGUUACCAUCCUUGCCAUAAUCCUCAUUGUCACUCUGGGAUGGGCUCUCUCUCUUCCCUACGCAGACAUCGGCAUCCAGUACCUAUUCAGUCCUGCUUGGUAUUCGAUCGCUCAACCGCGGUUGUGGAUAGACGCCUUCAUCCAGAACGCCUUCGACACCGGUGCCGGUCUUGGCCACUACGCUGUCUACGCUGGGUUCUUCAAACGAACUGACAAAUCAGUCACCUACGCCAUCACCUUGCCGAUCAUCAAUAACAUGGUCAGUUUGAUUAGCGGAAUUUCCAUCUUCUCGACGGUUUUCGCGACAAUGAUCACCACACGACCGACUCUCACCAUAACCGCGAUCAAGAAUCUCAUGCAAGAAAGUGGACCCGGUUCGACAGGCCUCACAUUCACGUGGAUUCCCGUGCUCUACCAGACCAUGGGCGUGGCUGGUCGCGUGCUCUGUGGCCUCUUCUUCAUCUGCCUGUCGUUCGCCGGUCUCACCACGCAAAUCUCCAACCUUCAGCUCACCUUGGUUACCCUCAAGAACUGCGGACUGGCUCAUUACGUGGCCUGUGCGAUCGCCAUUUUGAGCACAUUCCUGCUGGGCUUGCCGUCGGCGAUGAACAUCAACAUCCUCACCAACCAGGACUUCACCUGGGGCUUCGGUCUGAUCAUCUCCGGCGUCCUCUACUGCGUCAUCCCGAUGUACUACGGCUGCGAACGCUUCCGACGUGUGAUCAUCAACGAGUACGGAAUCGGUGACAUCCACGUGUACUUCAUCUGGACCAUCCUCGUGAUCCUCGUGGUGCCCGUCCUGGGCGCCGUCUUCAUCAUCCGCUGGGCCAUCGACCUCCUGAGUGGUCCAGACUGGGCUGCUCUGUCAGAGACCUCCUUCUUCACCAUCAUCAUUGAGUGGGCUGUUCUGGUCGUGCUGAUUGUCAUCUUCAACAUCCUCGUUAUCAAGUGCAAUUGGAGUGUCUUCGACAGAGAGGGCGCCGGUGGCUUCGACCCCUACCACCUGGAGGAGUGCGAAGCCUUCAACCCCGAUUACCACAAGCAGCUGGCGGAGUUGCGGAAGAGUGGACAUCACGAGGGAGAAACGCACUUCGUUGAACUUUAA